GGCAUAUUGUCCGCCAUGAUGAAAAAAUCGAAAUUUUCAGAAAUAUUUCAAACUUCAAACGCUUACUGUGAAUUCAUUACUGGAUAAGUAUAUGUUUAAUGAAUCAAAUACAAAUGUGGGCCCUUUAAGGUAUUAUUUAAAACAUUUUAGGUUCUUCCGGAACCUUGUAUUUUUCAUAUUUUUGAAAAAUACUUGCGGGUGACCGUCUCAUUAGCAUAAAUUCAGGUCAGCCAAGAUGAGCAAAGUAACUUUUCGGGCUAGGGCGCUGGACGCCGCCCGCCCGAUGCCCGUGUAUAAAGCAGAAGACAUACCGGACUUACCAGACUUUGCAACAAUCAACAGAUCUGUGCCACAAAUGCCAACAGGGAUGGAAAAGGAAGAAGAAACGGAGCACCAUCUACAGCGAGCUCUCUCGGCACAGCAAGUGUAUGGUACUGCAGAGUCUUUAACUAUUCCUAUCCCUGAUGUUGAUGAUACAUCCGAACGUUAUGAUGGCCUAUAUCCGAGUGACUUUAAACAGCCGAAACAGUUCAUUCAUUUACAGGCAUUUGGUAUGGACCAAGAAAUCCCGGAUUAUGAUAUGGACUCAGAGGAUGAAGCCUGGUUGAAUGAACAGACCAAAAAGAUGGAGAUCACUCCCGUAAAAUUUGAGGAGAUGCUUGACAGACUUGAGAAAGGAAGUGGUCAACAAGUGGUCACUAUAAGAGAGGCUAAACUACUGCUGAAAGAGGAUGAUGAUCUCAUUAUAGCUGUCUAUGACUACUGGCUUAACAAAAGACUCAGAACUCAACAUCCUUUGAUACUGAGUGUUAAGACUGAAAAAAGAGAUGGAUCUACCACCAACAACCCAUAUGUUGCUUUCCGACGACGAACAGAGAAGAUGCAGACUAGAAAGAAUCGCAAGAAUGAUGAAACAUCCUACGAGAAGAUGUUGAAGCUGCGUAGAGAUCUCAGUCGGGCAGUAACUUUGUUGGAAUUUGUGAAGCGCAGAGAGAAAAUGAAGAAAGAGAUGCUGCAGUUAGCUAUUGAAGUUGCAGAGAAAAGGUACAACUUGGAGGACUAUGAUGGAAAGAUGCUCUCAGAUGCAGAAUCUAUCAGACACAAGUUACCGCCCUUUGUUUCUGCUUAUACUUGGAAAGACUGGGGCACAGGGGAAGAGGUGUCUGUUAGCAAGAAGAAACGGGAAUAUAGAAAACGUAAACAUAAAGUAUCCACAUCACAACAGCCAAACCAGAACACCAAUGCUCAACCUGUAUAUAAUAACACAGAACACAUGGGAAUGCUGCAAUCUGAUCUGUACAGUUCGGAUGAGGAUGUUCUCUCUCCGAUGUCUCCAUCAGAUCAUGAAGAUGAGAAUGAUCCUGAUGGUAUGUUUGCCUUCAAGAGGAAAAAGAACUGUUCAUAUUACGCUCCAAUUUUAGAUCGCCUUGGUAACUGGCCUUGGUGCAGUCCAGAGGAGGGUGGUCUUGGAGAUAAACAAUACCGGUAUUCAUUAACCUCACUUUCACAACCUCAGAGAUGUAUAGGGUUUGCUCGGCGGAGAGUUGGUAGAGGCGGAAGAAUAUUAUUGGAUCGAGGAUUCUCUCCAUGGGACGAUGGUUUACAUCAAGUGGAUUUGUCAGGAUCUGGUUCAUAUUCAGGAAUUUUAGGAGACUAUGUAACUUACAUACGAGAUAAAAAAGUAUCACAUUUUCGUCCACACUCACCACCUCCAGAUACAGACUCGAGUCACCUUCUGGGUCCUCCAUCAUUCACGUCAUCGCAGGACAGUGAGUUUAACAUGGAUCAUUUCACAUCGCACCAGGAACAACUGCUUCAGAUGCAGAGAGAACAACAAGAGCAGCUUCUCCGCCACCAAACCUGUGAUCUCGAUACUUCAUACCCUACAUUAGAACAUUCCUUCUCUUCUCAACCUACAUCAAGGUUCACACUUGACACUGCCAGUGCCAAGUUUGCCGUGUCGGCAGUUAUAAACUCAACACAAGUGCAACAGCAACAAAGUGCAACCUCCACAGCUACUAUAAAUGGUGCUAGUUCCAUAGCAACCUCAACAGUCAAUUUAUUGAAUGGACCAAUUAAUGCUAUCACAGAAAACAAAUCACAAGGGCUUUCAACUUCUCCAGCAGCAAACAUUCUGCAGCUGAACUUCCCAUUGAACAACAACAACAAUCAGCUGCUGCCAGCAACUGUCAUCUCGUCCCUCACCACAUCUAACACUGCCAUAUCAUCACACACCUCUAGUCUUUCAUCGUCGUCUUCAUCGCCAAGUUUGUCGUCGACCGUCCCCGCAAGUACAGUGCUCACAACUAUCAACAACCUUGCUGGCAGGAACAGCUUCACAGCAGCCAACCUGUACAAGUUGGCUGCCUCACAAAACACAGUGCUACAAACAUCUAUCAAACAGAAUCAUGAAGAUGCCAAAUCUCUGAAUAACCUCAAUAUUGAAAAAGUCCUGCCAAUGGAUGUAACGUGAGACGAGUCAGUCCACUAUGAUUUCAUAGUGAGAAAUGAACUUGCAUGUCCGUCUUACUGGACAUAAACCAUUCUCUAUACACGAAGCUGUCACUGUUAGAGGAGAGGAUACGAACAAUCUGAAACUGGUAUUAGAAGCAUACAUAGUUUUAUUCCUUUUGGACGUUCCAUGGAAGAAUUCAAGGCUAAGUGUGAGAAGGCUCAAUUGCAGUAUUAAAAUUCACAGGAUCAUUUGUAUGGAAAUUCUUGAGGGUUACUUGAAAAGUUUUAUAAUAUUCUUAUUGGUUCGAAGUAUUUAAGUAGUGUAAUGAUAGAUAUGGCUUUUGUUUUGUUAAAAAGGGAUUGAUUCAGUUUUGAAGUACAUCUCGGCCUGUCUAAGUAUGUAAUUAGGGGAUUUGUUUGUCAAGUCUGUAGAGUGCUUAAGCUCUCUGAAGCUUAACAGAAAGAAGGAUUUUUUUAUGAGAUUGAAAAACUGGGAUGCUUUUGUAACUCUGAAGGUUUAAACAAUGUUGAAUGCUAGUUUUGGACAGGGUGCAUUUUCUUAUUGGGUUUUCACUGCAAAAAAUUGCUAUUUAGGUUGAAUCAUACAUUACAUUAUGAAUAAGAGGAACCUUACCAUUUUUUAUGUCGUGGGUAGUCAGUUUUACUCUGAUUUAAAUAUUAAUAGGGAAUUACUAAAGGUCUUUUUUUUGGUUCAAAAAAGGUUGAUGGGGGUAAAAUGCCAUUUAUAUACCUAUUAUUGUCGAUGGAGUACCAAUGCUUUAGUUUGAACAGGUUUUACGGACCUCUGAUAACAGUUAAACUUUGUUGUUAAAGUUUGAUGGGCUGACCUGUAAUUUUAUUGUUAGAUGUUUUAAAAAAAAGCUAAAACCUGCUUAAACAUGUCUUUUUCUCCUGCCUUAAUAAACAAGAAUUUCACAACUUAGCAAAGUUAAUUUUGACAGAAUCGAUAAGAUAACUUUUAGAAAUUUUGUGCUCGUCUGAGCAUGAAGUGCUGUGUCAGAGCUUCAGAGAUCAUUGAAUGUCUGUCCGUCGGUUUUCCACAUUUUCUUUUAAGAACAUGUCCUAAACCACCUAAGUCAAUUUCAGCCAGACUUCACAGGAAUGUUGCUGGGUCGGUUCUCUCUCAGGUUCCUUCAAAUCUUCGUCAUCCAUGCACAAUUCUAGUUGCCUUGGCAGCCAAAUGGAAAAACUUUAAAAAAUCUUUUACCCAGAAACUGCUGGCCGAUUUUGAAACGGUUUCACUGAAGUGUUCUUUGGGUGACUCUACCAAAUUUGAUGAGGAUUUAAAACAUUUGAAGUAAAUAUCUAAAGAUAAAAUAUUUUUUGAAAGAUCUGAACUGCUGACCUUAAUUCAGAAUAAUUUAAGGGUCAUGAUGGCAUUCUUGUUAGCAAGAUAAUCUAGAUAUUUCCCCACUUGUUAAUGAAGUAAAAUGCUAUAAAUACUUGUCUUGAGCAGCAAAAUUAAAUGAAUUGCUGCAACCUGAUAUGACACCUUUCUGUUUCCUGUUUAGUUGCUUUAACAGAUAGUAAUUAGACGUGAAUCAGCGAAGGCCUGAGCGAUUUGACAUUAAUAUUUUACUGGACCCCUUUUACCUGUCGGAUAAGUUCAGUCUUGUAAUCCUGAUUAAGAGGGAUGAUACUAAUAUUAAUGUUCUUGAUAAACAUAAAAAGAGGAAAUAUACACAGAUUUAAUAACAAUUUUUAUGCCCCCCCUUUGAAAAAGGAGGGGUAUAUUGUUUUGCAGAUGUCGGUCGGUCGGUCAGUCGGAAUGUAGACCUAUCCGUUUCCGGAUGAUAACUCAAGAACGCUUGGGCCUAGGAUCAUGAAAGUUGAUAGGGAGGUUGGUCAUCACCAGUAGAUGACCCCUAUUGAUUUUGAGGUCUGUAUGUCAAAGGUCAAGGUCACAGUGACCCUGAAUAGUAAAACGGUUUCCGGAUGAUAACUCAAGAACACUUGGGCCUAGGAUCAUGAAAGUUGAUAGGGAGGUUGGUAAUAACCAGCAGAUGAACCCUAUUGAUUUUGAGGUCAGUAUGUUAAAGGUCAAGGUCACAGUGACCCUGAACAGUAAAACAGUUUCCGGAUGAUAACUCAAGAACGCUUAGGCCUAGGGUCACGAAAAUUGAUAGGGAGGUUGGUCAUGACCAGCAGGUGACCCCUAUUGAUUUUGAGGUCAGUAUGUCAAAGGUCAAGGUCACAGUGACCAGGAACAGUGAAAUGGUUUCCAGGCAAUAACUCAAAAACGCUUGGGUCUAUUGUCAGGAAAAUUGAUAGUUAGGUUGGCCAUUACCAGCAGAUGACCCCUAUUGAUUUUGAGGUCAUUAGGUCAACGGUCAAGGUCAUAUUGGCCAGGAACAGUUAAAUGGUUUCUGAUCUUCUUGUCCAAAACCAUAGGGCCUAGGGCUUUGAUAUUUGGUUUGUAUCAAAAUCUAGUGGUCCUCUACCAAGAUUGUUCAGAUUAUUUCCCUGGGGUCAAAUAUGGCCCCACCCCUAGGGUCACAUGGUUUAUAUAGACUUAUAUAGGAAAAAACUUUGAAAAACCUCUUGUCCAAAACCACAGGGCCUAGGGCUUUGAUAUUUUGUAUAUGACAUCAUCUAGUGAUCCUCUACUAAGAUUAUUCAAAUUAUUCCCCUAGGGUCAAAUAUGGCUCCGCCCUGGGGGUCACAUGGUUUACAUAUACUUAUAUAGGGAAAAACUUUGAAAAUCUUCUUGUCCAAACCACAGUCUAUGGCUUUGGUAUUUUGUAAUGUAGCAUCAUUUAGUGGUUCUCUACCAAGUUUGUUCAAGUUAUCCCUCUCGGGUCAAAUAUGGCCCUGCCUCAGAGGUCAAAUGGAUCAUAUAGACUUAUAUAGGGAAAAACUUAGAAUCUUCAUGUCCAUAACUUACAUCAUUCAAAUUUGGACCACAUGUAUAGUUUUGAGUGGCAAGAUGAACCUUGACAUGAGUUGACCUUGAUCUUGACCUAGUGACCUACUUUCACAUUUUUGUACCUACAGCCUUCAAAUUUGGACCACAUGCAUAGGUUUGUGUACUGAAAAAAACUUUGACCUUGUUAUUGACCUAGUGACCUACUUCCACAUUUUUGAAGAUACAGGUUUCAAAUUUGGACCACAUGCAUAGUUUUUUGUUCCAAAAUAAAAUUUGACCUUGAUUUUGACCUAGUGACCUAGUUUCACAUUUCUCAAGCUACAGCCUUCAAAUUUGAACCACAAGCGUACUUUUGUGUACUGAAAUGAACUUUGAUCUUGAGAUUGACCUAGUGACCUACUUUCACAUUUCUGAAGGUACAGACUUCAAAUUUGGACCACUUGCAUAGUUUUGUGUUCUGAAAUAAAAUUUGACCUUGAUUUUGACCUAGUGACCUACUUUCACAUUUCUCAAGCUACAGCCUUCAAAUUUGAACCACAUGCAUAGUUUUGUGUACCGAAAUGAACUUUGAUCUUAAGAUUGACCUAGUGACCUACUUUCACAUUUUUGAAGGUACAGGCUUCAAAUUUGGACUGCAUGCAUAUUUUUGUGUUCUGAAUUGAAAUUUUACAUUGAUUUUUAUCUAUUACCUACUUUCACAUUUCUCAAGCUACAGCCUCCAAAUUUGAAGCAUAUGCAUAGUUCUGUUUACCGAAAUGAACUUUACCUUGAAAUUGAUCUAGUGACCUGCUUUCACAUUUCUCAAGCCACCGCUUUCAAAUUUGGACCACAUACACAUUGUUUUGUACCUAAAUGAAAUUUGACAUUGAUUUUGACCUUGAGCUAGUCUUGAAAUUUGGAACAUUCAAAAAUGGCUCAGUGGCUGGCGCCAAGAUCAAUCUGUAAUCUCUUGUUAGGUUAAUAGGUUAAAGGUCAAGGUCAGAUUAAACCAGAAUGGUAGUACUUUUGUUUACAGUGAGCAUAUAAUUUCUGUUCCUUGUGCAAUUACUAAAUGCAUCAAGGGGGGCAUUUCGUGUUCGACGAGCUCUUGUUAUUGUUUGUGUUAAAGACAUUGGCUGUUUGACCAAGAAAUUGUGGGUUGAUACUUCACUUGUGUCACAGCCUCCCCUCGUGUGACGCCAGUACUUUAUUUUCCAGGAAGCAGAUAACAGUGAUUCAAACUAAAGUCACUACCUUUCAUCACAAUACAAUUACAACCUAAUCUAAUUAAUAUAUGUAGAUUUUAAGGCACUUUGCAAGGAAAUAUAUGAAUAUUGUAAUACAGUAUCAAUUUAGAAAGGUUUUUGAUUAGAAAAUUUUAUCUACAGCUUUGGAAUUGCCCGAUUUAUCUUUGACUGUUUAUGAAAUUUGUAUUUGCACCCAAGUUACAAGAAAGCGUUAUGAAAAGCAGUACUUGAAUGAAAAAUGUUUAAAGAGUUUGUUUUCAAGAUUUGAGCAUGUUUCUUGUAAGAUGUAGUAGUAAUAGGUAGCUAUAUUAAUCAACUUCAGUAAAUCAUAGUCAUUUUUGUAGCUUCUAAUUAAUUCACAUGGUUGUUUAUCAUAUUUUUUACCAGUCAUCCGCUUGUUCUAAACCAAAGUCUUUCAAUAACAUUUUGUAUGAGUUUGUGAAGUUUUUAGUUUCAACUUUCAUCAUUAUCAUUGUUUGUAUGUGUUCUGUGAAUUAUUUGUAUGUUUUCCACACAGGGUAGUUUUCAUUGAUAAAAAGUCUGGGACCAUAUUGAUUAAUUGCCAUUAAAUAUCCAAGAAUAAUUGAGGAAAUGUGCAUACACAUUGCUUGAAGAAAUCUAAUGUGUAAGUGUGCAGUUGUGGAAGUCGCCAUUAAUUUCACAUUGUUGCCUUUUUCUAUUCCUUUCCAAUUAUUUUGCACAGAUAACUACCUCAAGAGAGACUAAGAGAUUUCCAGUCUUUUACAGCAUAAUAGAUGUUACAAAAACAUAUGCAUAUACUUAAGUAGAACAGUUAGUAUGAAACUCUUGAAAUGGUUAGAAGACCAUUGGUUCUUGAUGUACAUAAGACAUGACUUUUUUCUGAAAGUUUUGACCAAAAAAAUGUGGGAGUAGUACAAAAGACAUUAAUAAAUGUCUUCUUUUUUUAAAGUUUUGACAAAUCUUGUGGGAGAAAUGUUUGUUCAAUAUAUUUGUAUUUCUUGUAAUACUAGAAAUAGGUUAUACAUGUUGCUGGUCGUUUAUAUAGUCUUAUCCAGUUUGUCCACAUAUAGUAUAAUUAUAGUCUUGUGUUAUCAGUAAAGAGUCUAGUGCAGACAAGUUUUGUUAAAUCUAAAUGGGUUCAAUGCCAUUCCUGGCCCGAGUUGUAUUUUAUAGAAUUUUGACAACUAGCCAAAAUCACCCCCUUAGACUAGUGUUUAGUAGUUGAAACAAACCUUUAAAAAUUAUUUAUUAUAUAGUAUUACUAUGCCAAAAAUAGCAAUUUUAAAGACCAACACUUCGUUGGAAAUGGCAAAAACGAAAUUGGAAUUUGAACAGAACUUGAAACAAACUGGCAAAUUCAAAAGAAAUUAAUUUGCCUUAUUGAUUUAAAGGCAACCAUUUGCAAAAAUAACUUUUGACAACUUAGUUCCAGUAAUUCUAGUGAGCAGUCGAGAGCUGUCAUAGCUUAAACACAUUGUGUAUUUAUUAGCUCAGCUGAGCACAAACUAUAGAUGUUCAUAGUCAAUUUGCUGUAAACUCUUUGUCAAGAUAAAGAAUGGGAAUGAUUGAUUAAAUAUCGGUUGAGUUAUGGCCAUUGAUUAAGUAAAACUUGUUGGGGAUACAUAAUAUGAAUUGGAAUAAUUUAAGUUAACAAGGUUAUAGGGGAGUGAUUAAGGGCUAUCAUGCCCCUUUUGUUUAGCAAGAAUCUGUAAAUUUAAAGAAAAAAAUCAACUGCAAAACAUAAAAUCUGUGUCCAGAACUAUACUAGUUAAAAUUUUGUUUUGCCUAAUUACAAACAGUGUAUUAGAUAUAGAGUCCCGCGUGUCACCCUGUAUGAUUGUAUGCAUGCUAUGUUUAUCUAUACCACUAUUGUGUUCAUGAACCACAUUUUACUGUUUGAGAUGUAAAAUGGUUUGCUUUGUAUGACUUGAACUAGCAUUGUCCAGAUUUGUCAUAUCUAUUUUUAGCUAUGAUAAGCAGUUUCUCAGUGAGUUAUGUUAGAAUUUUAAUCAUGUUUAAAAUGAGAAACUUGUUUUGAUGUAUAUGGAAGGAGUUUAUGAUUAAUAUUUUAAUGAUUAAGGCCAUACUGAUCAAUUUCUACCAAUAUUACACAAUUAUGUGACAGUUCAGAUGCAAAUGCCUUUGAGAAUAUUUUUGCCUGUAUUUUAUCAUCAGUAUACAACAUGAAGCAAUGACAGGCCCACGGCUGAAAUACUGAGAAAAGUGAAACAAAUGUAGAUUUUCACAUAUUUAAUUAUCUUGUCAGUGUAACAGAAAUGUACAUUUGCACCUGCUAAAAACAUUACAUUCUGUAGUUAUUCCAUUACUAACAUCAGUAUAGAAAUUUAAAAUGAAGUUUGUUUUCCAGUUUUUGUGUGAAAGAAUUUAAAUUUAAAAAAAAAUGAUAAUUUGUAGAUCUUAAAUUAUUUGUUAAUGAAAUUUACUUCUGGUUUAUAGCUAAUGAAGUAUACUUGACUGUGGGAAAGAUGAGUAAGCAAAAGAAGUGUUAGUUCUCCUUCACAAAAUACAUUGGAGACUAAACAUAAGAUCUGAGUAUUUUUAUUUUGUUAAAUUCUUCUUCAAAACUUAUAAUACAUGUAAACAGAAAAGAUUUUGUUACUUUAGGCUUUCAAGCUAAUGCCGUUUGCUAGUAUAUCAAAGUAACCAUGGUUUAUAUUUAUGAAUUAUUCAUAGACUCUAUGAAGUUGUUUGAGAACAAUUCUUUGUAAUGUUUUAAGCCAGGAGACUAGAAUACUAAUCAGUGGUAAAUGUGUUGUAAUGAUACUGGUAGAAGGUUGAGAAAUGUUUUGUAAUAUAAUAUUCUUGUGUUCAACUGUGAUAUGAUAGAGACACUCGAAAGAGACCGCUCUGAAAAACACAAAAAAUAAAAUAAUAAACAAAUCUGUCUGUC